GAGAGAUGGGCAGGAUGGGCGCGCUGGGCCGGGCCCUGCUGGCGCUGCAGCUGUGCGCGCUGACUCGCGCCGCCCACAAACUCUGGGUCCCCAACACCUACUUCGACGACCCGGCCAACUGGAGCCGGAACCGGACGCCGUGCUCGGGCGCCGCCGUGGAGUUCGCCGCGGACAAGGUGGUGUCGGUGCUGGUGCGGGGCACCCACAGCCUCGCGGACAUGCUGCUGCCUCUGGACGGGGAGCUGGUCCUGGCCGCGGAAGCAACUUUCGGCGCGGCGGAGGCCGCCGUGGGCCCGGACGGCACAGCUGCGCCCGCCAGGUUCCGGGACCCCGACCGCUUCUCCUGGCUGGACCCGCGCCUGUGGCGCUCGGCGGACACGGACUCGGACCCGGCGCGGCGCCUCUUCGCCGUGGACGCCGAGCGCGUCCCGUGCCGCCACGACGACGUGGUGUUCCCGCGCGACGCCGCCUUCCGCGUGGGCCUGGGCCCCGGCGCCCUGCGCGUCCGCAGCGUGUCCGCGGGGGGCCAGAGCUUCGAGCGCGACCAGGACCUGGCGGCGUGGCUGGCGUCCCGCGCCGGCCGCCUGCGCGUCCACGGGCCGGGCCGGCUGAGCGUGAGCGCCGAGGGCUGCGCAGACCCGUCGGGCUGCGAGUGCGGCAACGCGCCGGCGCAGCCGCUCAUCUGCGCCGAGCUGCUCCGGCCCCUGGGAGGCCGCUGCCCGCCCGCCGCCUGCCUCGACGCGCUCCUGCCCGCCGGCCAGUGCUGCGGCCUCUGCGGAGCCGUGGUGUCCCUGGAGCCCGGGCCGGCCUUCGAGCUGGAGCGCUACCGCGCGCGGCUGCUGCGCGACUUCCUGGCGCUGCCCCAGUUCCGGGGCCUGCAGGCGGCCGUGUCCAAGGUGCGGCGGGCGCGCGCGGCGGCGGCGCAGGUGCAGGUGGUGCUGCGCGACGGCGGGUCCGAGGCGGGCGCUGCGGGGCGGCUGGCGCGGGCGCUCCUGGCCGACGCCCCGCCGCCGCGACCCCGCCGCUGA